GGCACUAUAUGCCUGGUAAGUAGGUCACAAACCUGUUAUGUGGCUCAUGCAGGUUUUAUUGAGCCGUAGAACUAGUUGGUGACUUACUUACCAGCCUAGGCAGGUGUAUAAAUAAAUUAAUUCAGUAAAAUUUGCCAUAAUAGGUUAUCUUUUGGACCUUAAGAGAAAGACCAAAUUAGAAUGUUGUUCUGGAAUAUUCUAGGUGCUGUAGUGAUACUUAAUUCUAUUUCUGGGUUACCGAUCGCUAAUGUCUCCUGUUUAUACGAUGAUAAGAUUUACGAACUUGGAACAUACUGCGGCACCAAAUGCUUGGUCUGUGAGAUGUACGAGGUCAGUGACCCACAGUGCCAGCUGACCUGCCAGGUCCCAGACUGUGGGGUGGGGUUCGAACCCAUCCGACCACUGGGCGAGUGCUGUCUGGUGUGUUCGUCUCGCAUGGAUGAUUUUGAUCAGUUUGAUGUUCCUGACAACAGUACAGUACCGGCGUUUGUGUAUUAGAUGGGAGGGCAAGGAUUUAGUCUCUCGCAUACAAGGCACUUGCAUUACUUAGACAGACAGAGUCCUAGACAGACUUUGACAAGCAUGACCUUAACAAUACACUGUUGACAUACAUGGCCCUAUCCACAUUUUGACAGACAGAGCCCUAGACAUACUUUGUCAGACAGGUAUUUAGACACACUUUACAUACACUGACCCGAAACACACUUUGACAGACAGGACGUGAACCACACUUUGUCAGGCAGGGUCAUAGACACACUUUGACAGACAGGACCUGAAACACACUUUGAAUGACAGGGACCUAGACACAUUUUGACAGGCAGGGUCAUAGCCACACUUUGACAGACAGGACCUGAAACACACUUUGAAUGACAGGGCCCUAGACACAUUUUGACAGACAGGGUCAUAGCCACACUUUGACAGACAGGGUCAUAGCCACACUUUGACAGACAGGGUCAUAGACACACUUUGACAGACAUGAUCCUAGACAUACUUUGACAGACAAGGCCAUAGACACACUUUGACAGACAGGGUCAUAGACACACUUUGAUAAACAUUGAGCCCUAGCCAUACUUUACCAUUCAAUUUCCUAGACACACUUUGACAGACAGGACCCUAGCCAAAUUUUGACGGACAGCGCUCUAGACACACUAUAUCAGACAAGGCCUUAGACACACUUUGAUAAGCUCAGCCCUAGUCACAAUUUGUCAGAAGUAAAAAUUGUUUUCAACAAAAUGUUUGAUGCUAAAAAUCCAUUCUUGUUAACAUUUAUUAACCACUAAAGGA